UCAUAAAAACGAGAUACGCCCACUUUUCUGCAAAUCUAGAUCUCAGAUUCUAGCUAACAAAAUGAUUCAAGAGAUUCUUAGCCAGAUGUACAUUGCCCCAGAGUUGCUUGAGCAGCUAUCGGAUGAGUUCAAGGAGGUACUGUUCAGGAAGAUGAGAGAAGAGCAGCUUCGGCGAUGGAAUGAGAAGGAACAAGAACUGGAAAGAAGGCCUACCAAGAAAACAGCUAAGAAGAUUAACUUCAAUCUGGGUGCUGAUGGCAGUCCUUGGGUGUGGGUGAUGGGGGAACACAAGGAUGAUCUACCAUACAAUGAACUGAUGAGACGCAGAGAGCAGGAGGAGAUGGACAAGGACAGACAGAGGGAGGUUCAGGACAGAAACGAAGCAGCCUCACUGGCCAAACAGGAGAGGCUGGGAAUACAGUCACUGGCCACCAAGUUUGGAGCUAUGGUGAAAUUCCAGAAACCCCUCAAGAAAAGUCCUGGAAUUGAAACAACUGAUGGACCUCCAGCACAGCAGCAGCUUUCACCUAACCGUCACUUGAGUGUGGCUCGUACUGAGUCUCAGACAGGAUCGCCUGGAUCUCCGAUGCCUGACAGGAGGGGAGGCAGCAAAGAAGAAGAUGACGAAGAAAGAGAGCGGACACUGUCCAGAAAAGCCACCAUUAUUGGGUUGACUGACGAAGAACAGAGCAAGUUUGAGAAGGAGAGGACAGAGGAAGUGUUCACUAGCCUCCAGAGAGCACGGUCCAUCAGCAAGAAGAGGGCUGCUAGUGUGGCACAAAACGUGGAGAAAAUGUGGCAAGAGUCUCAAAAGAAAGCCAGCGAAUUUGAUAGGGUUCGAAGAACUUCAUUCAAGAGAGCUCAAGAGUUGACAGCCAAGAGUCCUGAUAUACCAGACAAGAUACUGGAGAGUAUUCCGGUGGACAAGCAGAAGGAGAUCAUACGACGCAUGACACUCGAGAGGAAGCCACGCAGACAAGCCCCUGGGGCUCCAAGAGGUCGUGGCGGCCAGUUCAGGAAGCAGUCCUCUUUCGUCCGACCAGGGACAGUCCCCAAGUCAACAUCUCACGUGAUCUCAUGGUUUAACAAGAAUGAAGCGCCCAAAGGCGUAGGACGAGAGAGAGAUGGGUCCUUCAGUAUUUGGUUCCAUGGCAAGCUGAGCAGAGAGGGAGCUGCUAAAGUACUCGAGUGGAAACCAGUCGGAAGUUUUGUUGUGCGAUUGAGCAGCAAGAUCUGGGGCUAUGUCGUAUCAGUUAAGACAUACACUGCCUGCAAGCACUUCCUCGUUGAUACCAGCUCUGGUCAGUACUGUUUCGUGGGUCCAAAGCAGCAGAGAUUCCCAACUCUGACGACUUUAAUCAAGUUCUACAAAGAUAAUCCAGUGACAUGGAGUGGUCAGGAGCUGCUGCUGAUUCCAGUGGGUCAAGAGGAGGAGAGCAUGGAGCUGUAUCGUGGACUGUAUGAUGAUGAGGGUCUCAGUGAAGACAUUCUAGCUGACCUCACACCAGGAGUGGAGUAUCAGGGGUCAACACUGUAGAUUAGCUAUAGGCUGUACUGUGUGUGUGUGUGUGUGAACACUAGCUAGUCACUGUUGCUGUAUAUGUCUGUUAGUUUGUCAUGCGAACAUUUCAUGUUUCAAUAUAAAAAUUAAUUAUAAAAGUUUGAUUAUAUGUA